AUGAAGAGAUUUUACGAGGUUAUUACAACUCCUUCAAGUUUUGGUUUAAGCUCUUCUGUGUCAAAUUCUUCUUUGUGUCUAGUUGUUCAUGAUAAAGAUACAGUGUUGGAUUUGGAUAUUCCUAAACCUGAUCCUGGUGAAAGAAAGCAAAUCUCACAAUAUUCUUAUAAUGAACGUGACCGAAAUAUAGUGUCAAAGUUGAUGCAGGCUUUUGCUUAUGUUGCUGCGUGUUUAAAAAUGAACAUGGAGGAAAUGAAAGAGCAUGAUGAAGUGAACAAAAUUGCACUAGAAAAUGCUCCACAAAAUAACAUGAUAAUUGCUCCAAGUAUUCAAAAGGAGAUUGUGAAUGCUUGUGCGAAAGAAACAAUAAAAGCAAUUGUUGAAGAUUUAAAUGGAGAUUUCGUGAAUGCUUGUGCGAAAGAAACAAUGAAAGCAAUUGUUGAAGAUUUAAAUGGAGAUUAUUUCGGCAAAUUGUUUGAUGAAUCUAAGGAUGUUCCUCAUAAGGAACAAAUGGCUCUUGUUCUUAGAUAUGUCAACAAAGAAGAGCAUUCAGUGAGUCCAUCUCAAAUACGAGGGCAAGGUUAUGAUGGAGCUAUGCAAUUGGCUCUUAUAGCUAUUGCAAAGAAGCAUUAUGAUGUAGAUCCAUUUUUUCAUAUUGUUGCUAAUGUCUUGAAUAUUGUUGGAGGUCCUUUUAAGCGUAGGGAGAUUCUUCAAGAAGAUCAAGCAAAAAAACUAGAGGAAUUACUAGUGCUUGGUGAAGUUCAUACGGGAAGUGGACUAAAUCAACAACUUGGGCUUCAAAGGACAGGCGACACCCUUUGGGGAUCUAACUUUAAAACAAUGCAAAAUUUUAUUGCAUUAUUCUCAUCAAUUGUUUAUGUGCUUGAAGUAAUUGGAAGUGAGGGUACAACUUAUCUAGAGAGAUCCAUGGCAAAAAGUCUAGUGAAUGAUAUAAGAUCUUUUGAGUUUGUGCAUAUGUUGCAUUUGAUGUUGAAAGUGUUGGCAAUUACAAAUGAUUUGAAUAUGACUUUGCAAAGAGAAGAUCAAGAUAUUGUGAAUGCUAUGAAGCUAGUCGGUUUUGCCAAGAGGCAAUUACAAUCGAUGAAAGAGUCUAAAUGCAAAUCUUUGAUUGAAGAUGUCUUUUCAUUUUGUGUGAAGCAUGAUAUUCUGAUUCCUGAAAUGGAUAAGAACUAUCAUAUUGAAAAGUCAAAGCGCAAGAGUUCCAAGUGUCACAUAUUCGCAUCAUUUGCAUGUAGAAGUCUUUAA